AUGGAAAGCACGAGGCGUACCCUUCCAGUAGCAUCUAUAGCUUUGGCUGAUGAAAAAUCAAUUCUCUCAGAGCGGCUAGAAAAACCGUAUAGACUAACUACCUUUAUCGUUACUUUUUGUGAAGGGAUAUUAACAUCAGUGGAUAUACAGCAAUUCAUUGAAUUGGGUCUGCACAUCAUCAGUUUUAAAAUGAGCAACGUGACAAGAACAGACAAAAUAAAAUUAUUGGCUAUGCUCAAAAGCGCUGUGAAGGGUGCUUGCAGAAAAUAUGACGUAUCAACUUGGCCAAUAGCCAUUUCCAUAGAUUUGCCAAGUGCCACCAUCCGAACCGGUGUUAUACGAGCAGAUAUAGGUAACUGCAUAACAUUGAAGGAGAAUGACGUUACUGAAAUCACAAGCAACGAUUAUUACAUUAACAGAUGCUCCGCCGAAAAAAUAUACAUUGACGAUAAAAACACUUUGAAAAUUAUAAAACCUGGCCAAGAAAUUGUAAUAGUUUACAGUGAUAUUUCAUUGGUUUGCAUGGAAACCAAUUCUCAGUUCAUUCGAUGUAAAGUUAUUAAAGGUGGUGUCCUUCGAAAUAGAGAACACAUUAUUUUUCGAGGAUUACCAAACCUUAAAGAAGAUAUUGCAACCAUCGAUAUAGAGUUGAUUGAAUUUGCUAAGGAGUUUGAGCUCGACAUAGUUACGAUUAAUUACGUUCGUCAAACCAGUGUCGUACAAAGAGUCAGAAAUCUGUUUCCGAUAGAAUUGAAUCCACUUGUAAUAAGCACAAUUUGCGAUCAACAAGGUUUGGAUAACAUUGACGUUAUUAUUCAGGAAUCAGAUGGUAUUAUACUCGCGCGUGAAUUCCUGGUAUUUCAAAUAUCCAACAAAUAUAGUAUGCAUGCUAUUGAGCUUCAGAUUAGUGCGAAAUGUCAAAAGGUUGGGAAGCCAUUUUUCGUAUCUGGCAAUAUUCUUGAAAAAACUUUAAUGAAAGGGAAAUUAUCGUACAGUGAAUUAUCUGAUAUAACGAACGCGGUACUACAUAAGAGUGGUUUCGUCCUAAAGAAUUAUUGUGACGCUGAAAAUUUACUAAAAUCUCUAAAAAUAUUGGACUCAGUUUGUCGAUUUGUUGAAUCUAUGCAUAAAAUUGAUAGCACGUGGAAGAUAUCAACCGAGAUAGAUACGCCAGUAAAUGCAGCUGAAGCCUGUCUCUCCGCGUGUGCUCUAACGGCCAAACAAGUCGGGGCUCUGGUCAUAGUUCUGACCACAGUGACAGGCAGAACUGCCGCUCGACUGUCCCUAAUAGCGCCCGAUGCAAUAGUGUUGGCGGUCACUUCAAAACCAGCAGUGGCUAGGAAGUUGAGGUUCUAUAGAGGGUUAAUACCGAUUAUAUACGAUAAAGAACGUGAAGCUAACUGGUACGAAGAGACAGUCGCUCGCGUACGAUUUGCGGUUUGUUACGGUAUCAAAAAUGAACUACUGAAGUACGGCUACACAUUUGUAGCUUUAAGGAAAUCUCAUUACACCAGCUCUUUCGCUGAUAAUAUAAGUAUUUGGAAUGUGUCUGUGGCAGAAGAACAUGCGAGAUACAGUCAUCCUCAAAUUUUAGAUCGCCCUUGCAACCGGUUUAGAAGAUGUCCGGUUAUCGUCACCUUAUCCGACACACAAAUAACACCUGUCGAAAUUCAAAAAUUGUUAGAAGUUGGUAUGAAUGUAGCGAAAUUUAAAAUGUCCUUCACCACAAAGGGAGACAGGAUUCGAAUGCUCGGAAAAGUGGACAAAGCUGCGUUGGCGUGUUGUCGUAAAUUUGGCGUCCACGAUUGGCCAGUAGCUACUUGCAUCGAACUGAAAACGUGUAUCGUUAAAACAGGCCUUCUAGAAAAUAAUGCAGAUUUUAUAGCAUUUAAAGAAGGAAUGCAUGUAGUUCUUACAUGUAGACUGUCGCAUUACAAUAAAUGUAGCCUAAAAAAGGUGUUCGUUGACAAUCCCACUCUAGCCAAAGACAUCAAAGAAGGAACAGAAAUCUCCAUUGGAUCAGAUGAAGUUAUAAUGAAAUGUGAAGCUAUUCUGGAUGAGGAGAAUAUUAAGUGCAUUGUAGUGAAGGGUGGCCAGUUAGGUAACGUCUGUAAUGUGUGUGCUAGAGGUGUUGCUCACAACCAACCAAUUAUAACUAAGAAGGAUCUAGACAUGGUUAAAUUUGCAUUGCAGUACCAGAUUGAUAUGAUAAUUGUAAAUUAUGUAAGAAAAGCAGAAACCCUCACUGAAAUAAAGAAGUACAUGGGAAAGAUGUUAAGGCCUUUGAUAUUCGGUGGCGUUUGUACGCAAGAAGGUCUGGAAAACAUAGAUGACAUUAUUAAGGAAUGUGAUGGUAUUAUACUGUCGAGGGAAUUUUUACCAUUUGAAAUAGAUGUAUCGCAAAAAUUUCGUUUAGCCCAUAUACAAAAAUGGGUGUGUGGAAAAUGUAUGCAGGCAGGUAAGCCGUUUUACUUAUCCGGUGGAGUUUUCAAGGAAGCACUGAAGACUGGAUUAUUCUAUGACAAUGAAAUAUCCGACGUAGUGAAUGCACUUAUGGAUGGAGUUAGCGGCUUUAUUCUCAGAGAUUGCUUUAACGUUGAUAAUACGUAUGAAGUCCUGCAUGCUAUUAAUGAGACGUGUUACUUCGUUGAACCCAUUGUUGCUAGUAAGAGCAAUUUUUGGAGGAUUCUUGAUGAGGCGAAAUCACCGAUAAAUGCAGCCGAGGCAGCCGUCAUGUCUUGUGCGUUAGUCGCCAACCAGACAAAAUCGCGAGUUAUCAUCGUACCCACAGUGACCGGCAAAACACUGAAGGCCCUUCACCGCAUGAGACCCGCGUGCCUUGUUAUCUCUCUCAGCAAGAAGAUCAGUGUAUUAAGGCUACUUCAUACGUAUAGAAGCGUAAUGCCCCUCAUGUACAAAGAAUCACCAGAGUCAUCGAAAAAUUGGCAGGAAGCAAUCGAAAGGCGAAUUGAUUACGCCAUAGAAUACGCAGUACAACGGGGCUGGUUGGUGUACGGAGAUAUGUAUGUGACGCUGCAGCGAGGAUCCGAUGAUAGCUCCUUCUGCGACAUGGUCAGGGUUUGGAUUGUUCGCGUCUCGAAGAAACUGUUGGUCGAGUGA